AGUUCCAUCUCUACAUAUACAAAGAAUGCAUAAUCGUACAGAGACGAUGGAGAAAAGUUUAUUGAGUGAAUAAUAAUUAUAAUACAGUGUAUUUAAUAAAAUAUAAAAAUGAGUGAGGCGGAUAAAGUGGCCGUUUCCUUUGCUUGCCAAAGUUGUAUGCAACCGAUCAAUUUGGAGGAGGGUCUAGAUAAUAUCGAUGUGCACUCCAUGGCAGAACUCGCAUUGCCUAUAUACGCGGGUAAUGAAAAUAGAUUAGAUACUCAUGAUGUCAAUGUUUUCGAUCAUUUUGUACCUCCAUUUCGUUUGUCUGAUUCAAUCAACGGCACUGGUUUUAUGCUUGUUUCGGAUGGUCGCGAAAAGAAAUUGAGUGCUUCAUUCAAACUGAAAGCAGAACUAUUUGAUUGCCUGUCUUCGAAUUCGGAAAUUGAUCACCCAUUAUGUUCGGAAUGUGCUGACUCCAUGUUGGAAAUAAUGGAUCAGGAAUUAAAAAUAGCAGAGCAAGAAUGGCGUGACUAUAAAAACUACUUGGACAAUCUUGAACAACAAGAAUGUCCAAACAUCGCAGACUUGGAACGAGAAUUGAAUGAACUGAAGGGAAACGAAUCUCGCAUGUUGGCAGAGUUGGAAAAACUCAACCUGGAGGAGCAAACUUUGAAGGAAGAAGUUAAAAAGGAGGAAGAAGAAAAAAUAAAACUUCAGAAACAAGAGGCAAUAUAUUGGCGUGAAUAUACGAAGCAUCGUCGCGAGUUAAUGCUCACUGAGGAUGAAAAACGUAGCUUAGAAUGCCAAAUAAGUUAUGCAAAGCAGCAACUGGAAAAAUUGAAAGAUGCCAACAUUUUCAAUAUCACUUUUCAUAUUUGGCAUGCCGGCCAUUUUGGUACUAUAAAUAAUUUUAGACUUGGCCGUUUACCUUCUGCAUCUGUGGAUUGGUCAGAAAUAAAUGCUGCCUGGGGCCAGACAGUUUUGCUUUUAUGUGCUCUUGCUAGAAAAAUAGGAUUAACGUUUGAACGCUAUCGCAUUGUACCUUUUGGAAAUCAUUCAUACGUUGAAGUGAUUGGCGAAAACCGUGAGCUGCCGUUAUAUGGAACUGGCGGAUUCAAGUUCUUUUGGGAUACUAAAUUCGACGCUGCUAUGGUUGCUUUUCUUGAUUGUUUGACACAGUUUGGACAAGAAGUCGAAAAACGUGACACUAAAUUUUUAUUACCAUAUAAAAUGGAAAAAGGAAAAAUCAUAGAUUCAUCUACGGGCAACACGUAUUCAAUUAAAAUACAAUUUAACUCGGAAGAACAGUGGACCAAAGCUUUGAAAUUUAUGUUGACAAAUCUAAAAUGGGGCCUGGCAUGGGUUUCGUCGCAGUUUGCAAAUGACUAAUUGCUAUUUCUGUUUUUUAUUAGUUUAUCAAAUGUAAAAAUAUAGUAUUAUAUUCCUUGAACAAAUAUUUUUUUCUUAAAAUUCUUUACUAAAUAUGUAAGACAAGUUAAAACAUUUAAUACAAAAUAUUAGGUACUUAAACUUUCCAA